AUGAAGAUCCUUAUUAUUAUGGUGAUUUUUGACAUGGUCAACGGAGUCCCUCAGAAGCCCAACCUGGACGCUAUCCUGAACCGUCGCACUGACGUCUACAUCGCCGGUUUCUUCCCCUUCGGGAAGGGGGUGGAAAACUCAAACACUGGUCGAGGCGUAAUGCCGAGCGUCAAGCUGGCGCUGGACCACGUCAACGAACACGAUUCUGUGCUGCGAAACUACCGUCUACACAUGUGGUGGAAUGAUACUGAGUGUAAUGCGGCAGUGGGAGUUAAGUCAUUCUUCGACAUGAUGCACAGCGGUCCGCACAAGUUGAUGCUGUUUGGAGCUGCCUGCACCCAUGUUACUGACCCUAUAGCUAAAGCUUCUAAACAUUGGCAUCUUACUCAGUUGUCGUAUGCAGACACACAUCCAAUGUUCACGAAGGAGGCUUUCCCGAACUUUUUCCGAAUAGUCCCUUCAGAGAAUGCUUUCAACAUGCCUCGAAUAAGAUUAUUGGAACACUUCAACUGGACUAGAGUUGGUACCAUUUACCAGAAUGAACCGAGAUAUGCGCUAGCGCACAACAGGCUCUUAGCAGAUCUCGAUUCAGCAAACUUCUUAGUGGAUGAGUCUCAGAGUUUUGCGACGGAAGUGAAGACGGCGCUUUCUAAACUAAAAGAAAAGGAUAUAAGAAUCAUCCUUGGAAACUUCAACGAGACUUGGGCUUUGAACAUAUUUUGUGAAGCAUACAAACUGGAGAUGUACGGUCGAGCAUACACGUGGCUACUCCUGGGCACGUACAGUAGUAAAUGGUGGACGAGACGUGCACCAUGCUCCCGCCGUGAGCUCAGCGCUGCGCUUGAUACCGCCAUCUUCACAGACCUGCUGCCGCUAUCUACUACAGGGGAGACUACUGUGUCUGGGAUCACGGCUAAAGAUUACCAAGUAGAAUACGACCGCAGAAGGGGAAUAGAAUAUUCCAGAUUUCACGGCUACACAUAUGAUGGUAUUUGGGCGAUGGCGUUGGCAAUUCAAACUGUAGCCCAUCGAGUAAAAUUAAAAUAUAAAGAGAAAACUGUACAAGAUUUUAGGUACAGGGAUAAAGAAUGGGAACAGUUGUUUUUGGAUGCACUGAGUAACGUCACAUUUGAAGGAGUGACUGGACCAGUUCGUUUCUAUGACAACGAGCGCAAAGCGUCGAUCCUUUUAAAGCAAUUCCAGGGUGAAAUAGGUGAAGUUAAAGUUGGAGAAUACUGCGCUGAACGAGAUCGCCUCGACCUUGGUAGUGGAGAACCUUUCAGGUGGAUUGGAAAGAACCCGCCAAAAGACCGCACUCUACGGCUGGUGGAGCACACGCAGGUGAACAUCACGCUGUACGCGGUGCUGGUGUCGUGCUCAGUACUUGGCAUCCUACUGGCCACCGCCUUCCUCGCCAUGAACAUACACUAUCGCAACCAGAGGUAUAUAAAAAUGUCAUCACCACACCUUAACAAUUUGAUCAUCGUGGGAUGCAUGUUAACUUAUCUCAGCGUGAUCUUCCUCGGGCUCGACUCCAGCCUCAGCAGCAUCGGUCUUUCUCAGGAAAUACCACGUGGAGCUGCGUUUCCAUACAUCUGCACGGCGCGUGCUUGGCUACUGAUGGCUGGAUUCAGUCUAGCGUUCGGUGCCAUGUUCUCCAAAACAUGGCGGGUACACUCCAUCUUCACGGAUGUUAAACUCAACAAGAAGGUAAUUAAAGACUACCAGCUUUUCAUGGUGGUAGGUGUGUUACUAUGCAUCGACCUGGCUAUCAUGACCACUUGGCAGAUAUCAGACCCUUUCUACAGAGCAACGAAGCAGAUGGAAGCUUAUCCACAUCCAACAAGCGAAGAUAUAGUCAUCGUGCAGGAGAAUGAGUACUGCCAAUCUGAAAGGAUGCCCAUUUUCAUUGGAGCUAUUUAUGCCUACAAGGGACUUCUAUUGGUGUUUGGAGCUUUCUUAGCGUGGGAGACAAGACACGUGUCUAUACCAGCUCUUAAUGACUCGAAACACAUCGGUCUUUCUGUGUACAACGUGCUCAUCAUGUGCAUCAUGGGAGCUCCUAUUGCAUUGGUACUAGCUGAUCAUAAAGACGCCUUGUUCGUGUUGAUAGCGAUCUUUAUCAUCUUUUGCACAACGGCAACAUUGUGCUUAGUCUUCGUACCCAAGCUAGUGGAGCUGCGACGCAACGGGUCGGGCGGGCCGGGCGGCGCACGCAUCCGCGCCACGCUGCGGCCCGCCGCGCCGCACGAGUGCCGCUCGCCCGGGCCCGAGCUCGAGCGCCGCCUCAAGGAGCUGCGCCAGUACAACACGCGCUACCGCCGCACGCUGCAGGCCAAGGAGAACGAGCUGCAGAUGUUACUCAGCAAACUAGGAAGUGAUGCCAGUUCAGAAUCCUCGAUACGAGAUUCUAAGUCUCCGGCUACUCUGAGAUCAAGAUUACCAGUUCCAAGAGAGAAUCUCAGUCACCCAGAAACCAGUGAUAUAACAUCUGUCUGCAGUCUGAGCGCAUCAGCUGGAGCAGAAACUGAAUACAUCAGCAUGCAGACACAACCGUCUAAUGACAAACCAAAACCCUCAGCCCCACCGGAACCGAUUAAAGAAGUUCUCAAGGAGCCCAAGAAGGAGCAAACAAAAAAUGUAUCAUUCAAGAACCACUUGGACUACACAAGUCCUCCAUCAUCUAAAGCUGUACCUGAAAAAGAUCAGCUAGCAAAGCUGCCAUAUGGCUGGUCGACUGAGGAACCAGAACAAACAAAGGCUAAGACAUCUGAACCUAUCAAGGCUGAAGCUAAAACGAUUCCAGCGUUGAAACCAAGUGAUACUCCCACCGCCAAGUCUGUGCCGGCUAAAGUACAAGAGCCUAUGUAUACUAAAGCUGCCACACCUAAGGUUAAUAAGACACCAGAAAUGCAAAAGAAAGCAACGCAGGCGCACGAGACGAAGGUGAAGACGGCGCCGCGCACGCACCGCCGCAUGUCGAGCGCCGGCGCCGGCGCGCUGCUGGCCGACCUCGCGCUCGCCGCCCCCGCGGAGCCGGCCGGUCAAGAAAAGGAACCAGCAACUCCUCCGAAACCCAAACAAGAACUAGAAGAUAUAUUAGAUAUUGACCAUGAUUAUUCUUCAACAGAGAGAAAAAAGACGUGUCAGCGUAAAGAUUCGGAGAAGAGAAAAAAAGAGAACUUUAUCGUGGUACAAAGCGAUUUGUGGGACACGAAUACGUUCCAGUAUACAUGUCAGAAAUCACCCCCAAGUCAUGCUCAUUCUCCGAUGCAACGAAGUGUUUCAGAGAAGAGCCGGCAGCAAUCGUCACCACAUCACCACAGAGAAACAGACAGUAGAAGUGCCGAUAGAAGAUCGUCUAAUGCUUCAAUUAAUCACGGAACAACAAGAGUUGGUACACCAGAAGGAUAUCGAGAUGCAGACACUCUAAGAAUGACUGAUCGGUUGUCAAAACGUCGAGGUUCUGAAUUUCCACAACCUGUGAGUACGCCACCUCAUCAAAUUCAAACAAAAAGAAGACAAUCAGCUGCAUUGAUGAGGACAUAUCAAGAAGAGAAGCAGGAUAGAGCGGAAGCAACACAUAAAGUUGAAGAAUUACCUAAAAAGGUACAGGAGAAGACUUUUACAGAACAAAAAGACGACCCCGAUACAAUAAGAGUUACGAAGGGUCAUGAGUCUCCUUCUAAGAGAUUAAGGCAGGAAGCAGAGCCACUAAAAAGGGCAAAAGGUGCGGGAGAUUCGCCAAGAUUGAGCCAAGCUUCACAAUCGAGACCAGAUCACUAUAAGAGUAGUCCUAACGUCGCUUCAAGACAUAAAACUGAAUCACCAAACAAAAGAGAAGAACGCAAAUCGGCAACCUACUCCCGCAGCGACUCUAAACGCCAGGAGUCUGUGGACAGGAAGAUGUACACUGCCAGUUCUGAGUCUGAGUUAUUUGAAUGUGCGAUCCUCCCCAUAUUCCACAAACUCCUCACUGAGAGACACAAGAGCCAACCCCAUGGCCUGAACUUAAGUUAUGGUGUCAGCUGUCCGAAUAUAUCAAUUAAGUGUGAUAUUGUGGAAUACUUAUAA